GGGCACAAACCCCCAGCCGUCCGUGACAUCGCCGGGAUCCCGCCCGGACCUCACCCGGCGAUAUGUCGACGGCGGCUCCCGCGCCGGGCUCCACGGCCACGGUGCGGGUAUCCAACAUCCCGGCCUCGGCCAUCGCCGCAGAGCUGCUCGCCUUCUUUGACUCCGCCGUCACCAUCGCUGGCGCGACCUUCGCCUGCGAGAUAGUCGCCGCUCACCGCGGCUGGCUCAGCCGCGGCCACGGUUUCGUCCAGUUUGAUUCCUCCGCCGCCGCCACCCACGCCAUCGACCUCGCCUCCUCUGGCCGCCUGCCCCCCUUCCUCGGCUCCUGCCUAUCCGUCUCCCCCGCCCGCGCUGACCUCCUGCCCCGCGCGCCCGACCUCUCCCUCCGCGCUGCCAGCGCGAGCCUCAUUCUAGGCAACCGCGUCGCCGAGCGCGAGCUGGAGGUGGCCUACUCCUGCGACGGCGUGCGGGCCGAGGUCAUCCCGAGGAUGCGGCGUGUGGACCUCUACCUGAAGCACGAUUCCCAGAGCUACAAGCUUGAGGUUCUCUUUGAGGACAUCAAUGAGUGCUUUGGGUGCCACCUCGAUGGGACGGGCGCCAUCUUGCUGCAGCUGACUUAUGCACCAAGAAUACACAUUGCAAUUUCUGGGUCUACAGUUAAAUCAAGGUUUACAGAUGAUCGCUUUCAUGCAUGCAAGGAGGACGCCAAAUUUGCAUGGGUCAGAGCACUAGAUUUCACACCUAAUAGCUCUUUUGGCGAGUGUUCCACUCUUGUCCUGAAACUGAGCAAAGGUGCAUCAGUAUCAUAUAUUCUUGAAAGUUUACCCUUCUCAGGAGAAUUAGGGGAAUUGGCCAUUGCUUCGAUGGAUGUGUUUGGCUCCUCCUCCAAUGUGGUUCCUCUUGUUGACUGCCCAAAUGGCUUUUCUGUGCCUUAUGAAGUACUUUUUCGUCUGAACUCUCUUGUUCACAUGGGGAAGCUAGUUGCCAGGCAUGUUAAUGCUGAUCUGUUUAAAGUCCUUGAAGAUCUGUCAAUCGAUACUUUAAGGAGAAUAUUUGAGAAAAUGAGCAAAUUAAAAUCUACCUGCUAUGAACCUUUGCAAUUCAUCAGACAUGAGGCUCAUAGCAUGAAUAUGAGAAAGAAAGCCUUGUCCAACAAGAGGGAGAGUGGAAAAUUGAUGAGGUGUUACAGAAUUCACAUCACACCAUCAAAAAUAUACUGCUUGGGGCCUGAGGAAGAAGUUUCAAAUUACGUGGUUAAGUACCAUUCUGAGUAUGCUUCUGACUUUGCUCGAGUUACUUUUGUUGAUGAAGAUUGGAGCAAGCUUUCUCCCAAUGCAUUGUCAGCUAGAACUGAACAAGCAAGUCAGCUUCGUGGUAAUUCUGUUUGGAUGUUUGCUUCAAAUAGUUCUCUGACUGCUGAGAAUAUAAGGAGGUGGAUGGGCCACUUUGAAGAUAUCCGUUCAGUCUCCAAGUGUGCAGCUAGAAUGGGCCAACUGUUUAGCUCAUCCAGGCAAACAUUUGAAGUCUCAUCAUAUGAUGUAGAAGUAAUUCCAGAUAUUGAAGUCACAACUGAUGGCACUAAAUACAUAUUUUCAGAUGGUAUCGGGAAGAUUUCUACUAGAUUUGCCAGACAAGUCGCCAAAUUAAUUGGCUUAGACCCAGCUCAUCCUCCUUCUGCUUUUCAAAUAAGGUAUGGGGGCUAUAAAGGAGUCAUCACUAUUGACCCUACAUCCUUUUUCAAUCUUUCUCUGCGACCUAGUAUGAAGAAGUUUGAAUCGAAGAGCACUAUGCUGAACAUUACAAAUUGGAGUAAGUCUCAGCCAUGUUAUGUGAACCGUGAAAUUAUCUCUCUUCUUUCAACAUUGGGGAUAAAGGAUGAAGUAUUUGAAUCGAUGCAACAAGAUGACAUGCACGAAUCAGAUGGAAUGCUAACAAAUAAAGAAGCUGCUUUGUCUGUCCUAGGGAAAAUUGGUGGCGGUGAUACCAAGACGGCAGCUGAUAUGCUUCUGCAAGGCUAUGAACCAAGUUCAGAGCCUUACCUAUUAAUGAUUCUUAAAGCCCAUCGGGCUAAUAGGCUGACCGACAUAAGAACUCGGUGUAAGAUUCAUGUCCAGAAAGGCCGUGUUCUUAUUGGUUGUUUGGAUGAAACUUGCAAAUUAGAGUAUGGCCAAGUUUACAUCAGAAUUACAAAGAAUCACAAGGAGCAGAAGUACAGUGAACAGCCGUUCUUUUGCAACGAUGAUGGCAAAACAGCUGUAAUUGUAGGAAAAGUUGCAAUCACAAAAAACCCUUGUCUCCAUCCUGGUGAUGUCAGAGUACUUGAAGCUGUAUAUGACCCUGGAUUGGAUGCUAGGGGUCUUAUUGAUUGUGUUGUAUUUCCUCAGAGAGGGGAAAGGCCUCAUCCGAAUGAAUGCUCCGGGGGCGAUUUGGAUGGCGACCUCUUCUUUAUUACUUGGGAUGACAAACUGAUUCCGGAGAAGGUUGAUGCACCUAUGGACUACACUGCAACGAGGCCACGCAUAAUGGACCAUGCUGUUACACUUGAGGAAAUUCAGAAGCACUUCGUCAGUUACAUGAUAAACGAUACCCUCGGUGCCAUCUCCACCGCCCACUUGAUCCACGCAGACCGUGAUCCACUGAAAGCUCGCAGCCCCGAGUGCGUCCAGCUGGCCGCUCUGCACUCCAUGGCGGUCGACUUCGCCAAGACGGGAGCUCCAGCCGAGAUGCCCCUGGCGCUGAGGCCCCGGGAGUUUCCGGACUUCAUGGAACGGUGGGAGAGGCCAAUGUACGUCUCCAACGGCGUCCUCGGCAAGCUCUACCGCGCUGCCCUGCGGCACGAGGAGGACGCAGAAGCGCUCCUGCCUGCGGGCCCACCGAGCUGCGUGUACGACCCGGACCUCGAGGUCGCCGGUUUCGACGAGUUCCUGGACGCAGCGGAGGAGCGGUACGAGGCGUACGCCGAGAGGCUGGGCGCCCUGAUGACCUACUACUCGGCGGAGCGCGAGGACGAGAUUCUGACAGGCAACAUCCGGAACAAGCUGGUGUACCUGCGGCGGGACAACAAGCGCUACUUCGAGAUGAAGGACCGCAUCAUCGCCGCCGUCGACGCGCUGCACGCGGAGGUGAGGGGGUGGCUCAGGGCGUGCAAGGAGGACGACGCGUCGAGGGUGGCGUCGGCGUGGUACCACGUGACCUACCACCCGGACCGCCGCGGGGAGAAGCGGUUCUGGAGCUUCCCGUGGAUCAUCUGCGACACCCUGCUGGCCAUCAAGGCGGCGCGCAGGUGCCGGAAGCGGGUGGAAGACGCCGCCGUGCCCAUGGACUGCGACGGUUCCUAGACGGAGGUGCCACUGUGGCAGUGAAGUGAGCCUGUGAUGCGAGUGGAAACUGUAGUAAUAAGAUGCAGUACCGCUGAGCGCUGAUUGCUGUAAAAAGAAGUUAGCGCGGGUUGUCUUGAGCUCCUCCUAACAGGCGUACGUAUGGUGGAACCGUGGAAUCAUGAUUUGCCGCCCUUGCUGAUGACUAGAAGCAGGUACGGUUAGCUAA